AUGUCGAUCCCCGUGGACAUGCUUGCCGUCGCUGUUUGUCACUUAGGUUGGCUUGAAUGUGAGCUUCCCGAGACAACAGAGCGGUUCCAAGACAAUGCAUCCACCUGGUCUGAUGCUACCGCCAUACCAUCAAUUGAGGAACGGCUUGUGUCCCUCGAACGAGGAAUGGGGGAGAUGAUACAUCUGAUGCGACAGAUGGUGAACCGCUCUCCCAGCAUGCCCUGCAGCACAACUUCACAGGCUAGAAGCAACAGCAUAGAUGGAACAUCCUCAAGUGAUAGCAUGUCCUCAUCUUUCUAUCCGCUCAAGCCCGCACAACUCAUUCGAGACCUGCAAGCCGAAUGUUUCGGCGAAAGAGAUAAUUUCUCCGAUGCUGACCUUCUCGGAGAUAUCGUCACUCAGGGAAUCGUAGAUUCCAAGCUUUCCAUGAAAUUGAUUGAACUUUUCAUCGAGUAUUUUGGCCAUUGGGUCUCAAUAAAUCAUUCUUCCAGCAUUCAGCGGUCGAAUACACUGCUUUUCAAUACUGCAUGUCUUCUAGCCUCGCGAUAUCUGCCUGGCCUACCACAACAAACUGUCCGCGAUAUCUCACUCCAUGUACAACAUGCCGUGGCGAAGGUGUUGUGGAAGCCCCCACCAAUGACAAGCGAUAUUCUGCAGGCGUUGACAUUGCUUUGUCUAUACUCUACUUCUAUUCACAAAGAAGGACUGAUGGAUGACUGGUUACUGAGCGGCAUCUCGAUUAACCAUGCCCUAAUCACUUUUAACUUCCUCAAUACCUUGCCUGGGGACAGUCUAAAUCCAGAUGAGUUGUUUGCUCAGUUGCGUUUGUGGAAUACACUCUGUGCAACCCAGCUACAUUCUGCUCUUGCAAAUGGCCGCACCGUCAAUAUCCAACAACAAUACAUCGACCAAUGUCCCCGUAUCCUAGAACACGCAGGAGCCACAGCAGAAGACGGAAGAAUCGUCGCAGAAAUUCAAUUAUACCGCAUCGCCCUCCAACUCCAACACAGCCAGCACCGCCUCCAAUUCGCAGAACCUGAAUACGAAGAACUGGAGCGCUGGAAAAUGGAAUGGGCACACCUCCUAACCACAAGCGAAGAAUCCACCCUUAACCUAAACCUCUGGUUCUGCCAACUCCUCCUCCACCGAACUGCCGCCCGCCUCCAACCCGACAGCGAGCGCCUAGCCCCGGAAAUAUGCGGCACUGCCCGCCUAAUAAUAACCCAGUUCCUCCAAACCCGCUUUACCUCCGCCCCCGCUCUAAUAGACCACGUCUACUUCAUCGUCGGCUAUGCCGCCCUCACCCUUUGCGACUAUACCCUCUCCGACCCAUUAAUCAGCCAAGUCCGCGGCUUCCUACUACACCUCGCCCCGGGCGGCGACAACCUCUCAUACCGGAUCGCGUGUAUUGUCGGCGAAGUACAGCGACGAUACUCCGAGGCCACAGCUGUUGUGGCUAACGGGUCUCAUUCGUCGUCGCCGGUUGCGGAGGUUAAGAGCGUGCAGAUGUUUGGUCCGUCCCACCAUCGUCCUGGCAUGGAUCUCUCCCAGCUUAUGUCAGGUGCGGAGGGACUUGAUUCCCUCGUUGAGGGAUAUAACUGUCUUGAGCAGAUGAUGCCUGGGUAUACAGCCUCGCAGCCUGGGUUUGAGGCACCGGACUUGUUUCAUCAGUCUCCUGGAACUGGUGUUACUGGUGGGGCUAUGCCUGUUGGCCUGGUGCCGAGGGCGUUGCAUGAUUGGUGA